UGUGUGUGUGCGUGUGUGAAGAAUUCGAUGCACAGCUAUUGGUCCUUUCUGCUGGUCGUAAGAAUGACGUUGGUUCCUCCCUGAGUUGUGUUGUCCUCUUUGGAAUCCUCCAUCCAAGGGUUGCUUUGCGAAUGUUAGUGGAUUUUUUGCAGAGCUCUGGGCUAAAUGCUGGACUUGUUGCGUUGCUGUUUUGCAACCUGAUCCGGCGCAUGCUUACUCUAAAGGAAACGGCACUGCUUUACAUGGGGCUUGCUUCUGAGAAAGUGUACCCAGAGUUAUUGCUCGCCUAGAGAAGACCCACGUGCUGCUUGUUACCUUAGAAAUCUCUCUUUCGGAGCCCCCCCCCCCCCUUAAUCAUCACCCCAGGGAGCAUGGCAGCCCCAAACUAAAUUCCAAGAAGACAUGUUACCUGGAUUGGCUGCUAGUUGAACAAGUCAAGAGGACCAGCCAUUUAUGCUUCACCUUGUGUAUCCUCCGUGUGGUGUUUCUGCAGCUAAUCUGCUUUAUCAUAACCCCAAAAGGUUAACUAGAGACAAGGGUUUCUGCAGUCAGCCAUGGUGCUUCCAAGGAGAGUGGGAAUUUGAACCCAGAUCUUUCCAGCUCAGAAGCUGCCAGCCUUCGUUCUCAUCUUACAGGCUGUGUGAGGGUACACCCUUCCCAUCCAGCCAGCACCCUUCCUUUUAUGGCCUCCUCAUACAGCGUCCUAGUGGCUUCCUUUGGAGGCGUGCUUGCUAUGUGAGAGCAGAUGCGCUGGAGGGCAUUUUCCUUUGCCUCCUGGGUCCCCUGUCGUGAGGAUUGGCUGCUGGCCAUGCGGUUGGUUCAGCCGGAAGAGAAGGAGCGCAUUGGGCAGUUUGUCUUUGCCCGUGACGCCAAGGCUGCCAUGGCUGGUCGUCUGCUUAUAAGGAAAUCAAUCGCUGAAAAGCUGAACAUUCCUUGGAAUGCAGUUCGGUUGGAAAGGAGUUCAAAAGGCAAACCCGUCCUUGUGAAAGAAAUAAGCGCCAACCAUUCCCCUUUCAACUUCAAUGUCUCUCAUCAAGGGAAUUACACAGUCCUUGCAGCUGAGCCUGGCCGUCAGGUUGGCAUUGAUAUAAUGAAGACAGCCUUGCCAGGGAGUGGUUCGAUUCCUGACUUCUUUCGCAUUAUGAAGAGGCAGUUUACAGAGGAAGAGUGGAGGACAAUCUCAUCCAUGUGUAAUGAAUGGCUUCAGUUGGACAUGUUUCAUAGACAUUGGGCAUUAAAAGAGAGCUUCAUAAAAGCCAUUGGAGUUGGAAUAGGUUUCGAUCUUCAAAGAAUUGAGUUUAAUGUCUCCCCGGUAGAGAUGGAAGUAGGAAAAACUUAUAAUGAGACAAUUAUGCUUCUGGAUGGCGAAGAAGAAAAAGACUGGACUUUCGAGGAAACCAGAUUAGAUGGUUACCAUCACGUUGCAGUCGCUCUUGGAAAACCAGAGGGGUUUGAAGAGAAGCAUGCUGAGGUGCCUUGUAGGGAUGUGACCCAGACUGCUUUCACAAUGCUGGAUUUUGAUGAUUUAGUUGCCUCUGCUGUUCCUCUCUCACCUGAAGAUCCUGCCUGCUGGGAUAACUUUUGUUCUAGGCAGGAUUCUCCAAAACUGCAGAGUUCAAAUUCAAGAAAAGACUGUUGACAAGAAAUACAUUUAAGGGCACUCAGUGGCCACAUGCUGAGGCUUUAUCAGCAGUCCAUUUGUGGGGGGAGGGGGUUUAUACGUGGAAGACGAGGAUAGUUAAAACUACCUUUGAGUUUAACGCUUCAGCUUUUUUCUAAAUGAACUGACCACCAUUUUGUCAAUUUCCUUCUUGCAGUUGGAUUUAUUCACAGAUGUUGUCUAAGUCUCUCUGUUCUUUAGCUCGUUGGUGGCUCAGGUGCCACAGUAAAUAUCUUCUAACAUAUGGAAUAAGGUGAUUUUUAUUCCCCCCCUUUUUCACUGUAGACCCUCAACUGUCCCCUCACGUUCUUCCUGCCCUCAUGAGUUGUGUUUCAGCAAAUAUAUAGCAGCAGGUGCUGGAAAGUUGAGAAAAUUGAACUUUGCUGACACAAAUGCCAUCCAUGAGCAGAGAUUUACCACAGAAUCCAAAUUAUUCGGCUUCUUGGGUUUCUUAUUGUCUCUAAAGAAACUGUUCUCACCCAUCUGCAUGCAUUUUGAGGGGAAGAUUUAUGCAAAUGAGGUUAUGGAGUAUCUUUGGAGUAUCUUUGGAGUAUCUUUGCAGUAUCCAUAAAUGCAGUGGUUGAGGGUAGAGCUACGCAUACUGUGGUAAUAGUCACUGUAGUAAGCUAAUAUAUGAACAGGGCCUUUGUCUUGUAAUAUAAUUUGCUUCUGAUGGCUGAUAAUUUUUUGUUGCCCACACAAAUUUCCUCUGCUACUAGUGAAUGGACAGGGGUGGGGGUGGGGGGCAGUGGGGAGAAGCAUGUGCUAAUGUUGUUCUUCCUCACCUCUGAAGUAAUAGGGGGUCUUUGGAGGAACCUCCAAAGCUAAAAUAAACAAAAAAGAACUAAUUA